AUGUUCACCGUGAGCAAUGAGCCAGAAUUCAUUACACUACAAGAGAAUCUGAAUGCUGCGCGGCUAUGGGAAGAGAUAGAAGCGAAUGGAAGUCGUGCUGCUAACUCGGAGCUGCUGCAGCAUUUUCACAAGGAAAUUCUCAAGAAGCUCAAAUCUGGCAGGGGUCGGCACGGCGUCGAGAAGGAGGAAGCUAUAGUGUACUGGAACGGCGUAGCAGACAAGCUUCAGAAGCACGAGGCCUGCGCUCGAUCUCUCUUGGAUCGAAUGGUGGACCAAAUUUCACAGACCGAAGGUGCUUCCGCGGCGAUCUUGCCUUCUGGCUCGGCUGCUCUACAUCCGUUCAACGGCCAGGACGAGUACGUGGCGAUGCCUGUCAACUACAGCUACAAGCUCGAUGGCAUCAGGUCUCGCAGAUAUGCCGAAAGCUAUUCCGUGCAGCAUCUAGGCACGGCGUGGCAGUCUGUCGCGCUAUGCGACACUCUUGACUUUGAUAUCGAGAAUUGCUGUUUUACGUUACUUGUGCAAUUGUUGGAUCGCAUGGAGCCUCAGCAUCCGGCGUGGCCGAAGAUACGGGAGACUUUGCAGACGUGUGCCGAGAAGCGUACUGAAAUUAUACAAACGAAACUGAAGUUGGACAAAACUGCCGGGAAGCUUCUUCUGCAGAAAGUGUUCAAUGGAGGCGGAACUCCUUCUCACCUUGAGAAGAACGAGUUUCUUCAUGAUCUUCAGCGCGCCUCUCUGUUUUGCCGCUGGGUCGCAGCUACCGCCCUGAAGGAUCUGGCCUGGGCGUCAGUUCUUCAGGCAAAAGAACGGCCAGAUCUAUAUUUCUGGAACAUAGCCGAAGACGUUGUUAUGGAAGCGUGGCUGGCUAAGGCAGCGACCCUGGGCUCUCAGCACACCUCUCUGCACUUCGAUGGCAUUCGUCUGGAUCGACAGGUUGCUCAGCCGUCGGUGGAUGAGUUUUGCGAAAGCUGUGCGAAAACCAUCAGGGCGAAGACCGGCUUCAGCGUGCAAAUUCGUGUGAAGGAACAUUAUAAUUUCAAGACCCUGCUCGGCAAGCUUGAUUCAAAAGAAACCGUCGCCUGUCCAGAAAUUUUGCUGAAGCACGGAAACUGCAUUCUGGCAAGCUUGCAUCAUCUGGGCUUUGCAGAACAGGCUGGCUCUAUGGCAUCCACUGUCAUUGGGCCCGCGCAUGUUUUCUUUGCGCGACGAGGCUGUCGAACAUACGAGCAAGUCAAGGAUUCUGCUGGCUUGAGAUUGUUUCCACGACUGCCGAGGCGCGAACUAAAGCCUGGAGAAAAAAUUCUGUUGCAUCUUGCCAGUGGCGGCAAGCCACACUGCGUUGCAGCAGAAGUCACGGCCGAUGGCGUCGUUCAGAUCACCGAUGGCGCCGAGAGGGUCGCCGCUUCCUUGGCAGACAUGUGGAGGAUGUGCUCCGAGGCAACAGACAGAAAGUAUAUUAUUUACUUCUACGUCGACAAGAGACCGGAAAAACUUGCUACCGACGCAGAAGACAGUCAAUAUGACCUGCUGCUGCAGACGCAAGCUGCAGCUGGUGAGGACGACGAUGAGGAUUUGUUCGUGCAGGAUGUGGACGCGCCUGAUGAUUUUGUGAACGAGGAUGAUGUUGAUCAAAAUGAAGAGGAAGACGAGGAUUCGGAAAGCAUCACUCGGGAGGUCUUCGACGGAGAGGCAGAGUUCAGCCUGCCGCUCGUUUUCGCAUUCCACGCCCGAAUGAUGAUGCGCUUCGCUGGAGAAGCCUGUAGUUUGCUGCCUAGACACUCUCUUCAUUGGUGGCCGCUUAUUGAAGAUGUUUUCACAUCAACGAAAACAGCUGAAGUUCGGGUCACCUUGCUGGACGAAAUGAUCUUGCGGGAGGAAUUCCAGGUCGUCAGCAUGGACGCGACUCUUCGCUGCUGUUUGCCGUUAAUGGGGCAGGCUCAUCCCCGAGCUCGCCGAGAAGUAAAAGAGCAAGCAGUGUUUGUCGGAGACGAUGCGCUCACCCGCGUGUUGACGUGCCGCGGCCGGACUAACGCAGUGCUUCUUCUGCAAGCCGUGCCGUCAGACGACACUGCAGCCAUGGUGAGAUGUAUGGCAGAGACACUGCCGCCACAAGCACUGGCGCAGGUACAAUAUCUUUCAGUGGACAAUCCGUCCACCAAGCUUGUUCGACAAGCGCAAGGCAUCUUCCCCAAUUUGCAGGUAGUGGCUUUGGACCCUACGCAUCUGGCCAUGACCUGCGAGUAUGCUUCCAGCAGGAAGAGGACCGCUGCCACAAAAUGCCUGCGGGUCAUCUUGCGCAAGUUGACCGCUCGCGGGACCUGCUGCGCGUCCACCUGGGGACCUGCGUUCGAUGGCAGCACUGUUACGCCAUUGUCGCACGAAGAGGAGCGUGCCCGCGCACAGAUCGAGGACAAGAGUAUGAGCAGAGCGCACGCGGAGCGCAUAUUGAACAACUUAGAUCCUGAGAAGCCGUUCGUGCUUCGUUUGGAAUGGAUUCAAGCUCUGGCGGCCUUGGCGUCGGUGCAUCGUUCCGAGAUGGAAAAAACGGCUCCUGGUCCAAAUAGGAAAAUCUACGAGAUGCUUCACUCGGCGGCAGCAGCAAGCAGGGUGGGCUGGUAUUUUAACAAUCUCAUCAUGCGACAUUCGUUGCCGACAAGCAGAUUGUCGUUGUUGCCAAUAGGUACUACCAGCAAUGAAGCGCUCCAUCACGAAAUCAAUACUUGGUUCCGUGAAACCCAAAAAAUGUACCAAGGAACCUUGAGCCUUAAACUAAUCAUAAUGCAUUUGGGGAAGGUGCUCGCGCGCAACAGUGCAUGGUACAGGCCUACUACACGGCAAAUGCCGGAGGCAGAGUUGCUUGCGAGAAUAUCUGGCCGGCAGCUCUGGAGCGAUUCGGAGUGGGCAGCCUGGUGCUCGAGUCUUGAUGCCGGCUGCAAAGCCCAGCUCCCGAUUCACGAAAAGCGAAAGCAGCAGCAAGGGCUGGUUAAACAAAAGUCUUUCAAACGCCCUGCUGCUGCUGCUGCUGCUGCUGCUUCAGAAGAUACAAGUCUUCACCGCAAACGCACCCCGAACACUUUGUACAGUUGA